AUGACUGUUACCGAGAUCGGUUGUAUGGGUGUCAAGCCCGGUAUCAAUGUUAUGGAUGAUACUACCAAAGAAGGUCGAUCCCUGACAGGAGUCUAUCAAGCCGUCACCGCCGCUCUGGGAGGCCCACAGCGGGUCUAUUGGGGCCUGGAGAUGGAAGAUCCGUCCAAAAUAUGGUGUUUCUUCGACUUCAACUCGGUCGAGGAGCAUGAGGAGUUUGCCCAGUCCCGUCAAACCGCUGUAUGAUAUCAUGACGCAUGGAGAAUUCACCAAGCACGUUGCUCUCACGUCAUCUUCUCCUUUGCUAUCCCCUAUGACGGAACUCAUACUCGUUUAUCUUCCUUCAGACAUCUCACCCGACAAGAAAACUGUAACCGCUACGCAGCUCCAGCAGUUUGUAUACAAUGGUAUUGGCGAAUCCUUCGACGUCGAAUCUGUGAGCUACGGCUGGGGCGUGGAGAACGACUUCCCGGUAAAAGGAGGUGACGCAGAACAGAAAGGCUCAAUUCUCAUGGCCUUGAUCGGCUGGUCUGGCGUUGAUGCGCACAAGAAGUUCCGUGAAACCGAGGCAUCGAGGGAUGUCUUAGACUCGAUUGGUGGUAUGGAGGGUAUGGUGAAGUUGGCGACCUUGUGUGUUAGAUGUCGUAGUCUCGAGAGCAAGGUUGAGUAGAUGAGGUUUUCGGGUUGCGUCAAAUUUGGGUAGGCUUUGGCUUGUGUAGUAUUGGGUAUUGAUGUAUCUCAGUAUUGAGAGAUUAUCGCGCAUCUGUAUGUCUUCUUCUAGGAGACAUGAAAACACAUCAUUUUGCUUCUAGUCAGAUAUAAACUGUUUAAUAGUCCACAAUGUUUGAUAGUCUACAUUGUCCACGCCACCACAGCUCGGAAGAGGUCAAUAUAACAAU